UGUUUCAUGCCCACAAAAGCUUCUAACCAACAACAAUGGCGGCCUCCAUACGUCGAACCCCAAUAAGCCUGCCUCAUAACCCUAUUAGAUCCACGUCAAAUCCAAAGCUCCCAUCCAAUGCAAAAUUUCCUCUCAACGUACGGCGAUGUAGUACAUCAGUCUCUGCUUCUUCAUCAUCCAUUCAAGGAGGCACCAACGAAGGAAAGAGCAGUUCUCUUCCAAGGCCUUUAUCUUCCACGGAUUUGACUGGAUUGCCUCCAGAGGGUUCUCGACUUCGAGUUGCUUAUCAGGGAGUUGGAGGGGCCUAUAGCGAAUCAGCUGCAGAGAAGGCUUACCCUAACUGUGAAGCAGUUCCUUGUGAACAAUUUGAAACUGCAUUCGAGGCUGUUGAGCGAUGGCUAGUCGACCGGGCAGUUUUACCUAUUGAGAAUUCUCUAGGAGGUAGCAUUCAUAGGAAUUAUGACCUGUUACUUCGACACAGAUUGCACAUUGUUGGGGAAGUGAAACUUGCUAUACGGCAUUGCCUGCUAGCUAACCAUUGUGUCAAAGUUGAAGAUUUGAAAAGGGUUCUUAGCCAUCCACAGGCUCUUGCACAAUGCGAGAACACCUUAACAAAAUUAGGUAUAGUCAGAGAAGCCGUGGAUGAUACUGCUGGUGCUGCAAAGCAUGUUGCUCUCCACAAACUCAAAGAUACUGGUGCAGUUGCUAGUGCUGCUGCUGCUAAGAUUUAUGGAUUAAAUUUGCUUGUUCAAGAUAUUCAGGAUUAUUCUGAUAAUGUCACUCGAUUCUUAAUGCUGGCAAGGGAACCUAUAAUUCCUCGCACGGAUAGACCAUUCAAGACAAGUAUUGUCUUCUCACUCGACGAGGGUCCUGGGAUGCUAUUCAAGGCCCUUGCAGUGUUUGCUAUGAGACAAAUCAAUCUUACCAAGAUUGAAAGCCGUCCUCUGCAAAGGCAGGCUUUACCUGCACAUAAUGAGAGCACCAGUGGAUUCCCUGGGUCUUUCCCUUAUCUUUUCUAUGUUGACUUCCAAGCUUCCAUGGCUGACCAAAGGGCCCAGAAUGCUCUUUCGCAUCUUAAGGAGUUUGCUACUUUCUUGAGUGUUCUAGGAAGUUACCCUGAGGAUAUCAGCAUAUGACACUUCCCCAAGAACCGUAUUCGGCCUAUACUCGUGACUCCCAUUCGGAAAAACGGAGAAUUUGCAGGAAGGGAAAUGUGAGCAAAAAUCGUUCGUAAAGGGUAUAUGAUGAAAAAUGUUAUGUUAUAACGAUGUAUUUGAAACUUGUACAGCCCCAAAUUAAAUGUAAGUUUCUGAUAGGAAAAGCUGCUGAUGUUGCAUUAAUUUGUUUUGGUUUGAUCAACUCUUUUCUUAUGAUGGAGAAAGAAAAUAGGGUAGACAUGAAAUGACCAUUGGUUUGUGCAUCUCUGAAUAUGCCCAUUUUUUUACAGUUAAAGAGAUUUGCAUGA